UGUAGCCCAAUUACUUUCUUUUGAUUAGGAAGAAGUCUCCGCAGCGAUGUCGGAGACCGCUCCCGCCGCCGCUCCCGCUGUCGCGGCCCCCGCCGCCAAGGCCGCCAAGAAGCCGAAGAAGGCGGCGAGCGCCUCCAAAGCCCGCAGGCCCGCGGGGCCCAGCGUCACCGAGCUGAUCACCAAGGCCGUGUCCGCCUCCAAGGAGCGCAAGGGGCUCUCCCUCGCCGCGCUCAAGAAGGCGCUGGCYGCCGGCGGCUACGAUGUGGAGAAGAACAACAGCCGCAUCAAGCUGGGGCUCAAGAGCCUCGUCAGCAAGGGCACCCUGGURCAGACCAAGGGCACCGGCGCCUCCGGCUCCUUCCGCCUCAGCAARAAACCCGGAGAAGUGAAGGAAAAAGCCCCCAAGAAGAGAACUGCUGCAGCCAAGCCUAAGAAGCCGGCGGCUAAGAAGCCCGCUAGCGCCGCCAAGAAGCCCAAGAAGGCGGCAGCGGUGAAGAAGAGCCCCAAGAAAGCCAAGAAACCGGCGGCUGCAGCGGCCAAGAAAGCAGCAAAGAGCCCUAAGAAGGCGACAAAAGCUGCCAAGCCUAAAAAAGCGGCGGCAGCAGCGAAGAGCCCGGCAAAGGCAAAGGCGGUGAAGCCCAAAGCAGCCAAGCCCAAGGCGGCGAAGCCGAAAGCAGCCAAGGCAAAGAAGGCAGCGCCCAAGAAAUGAAGUGUUGAUGUGGUAAUACUUUUAAACCCAACGGCUCUUUUAAGAGCCACCCACUAUUGUCCCGAAAAGGGCUGAUACACUCCGUCACUGAGCUCUGUGCCUGCAGCAAUGCUAACUAUUCGCCACUAUCCGUGUGGGACGUUCGUGUGUGGAGUGGAUAGGACACUAAACUUCCGGCCGUGGUUUUACACUGACUUGGAAAAAUAAAAGUUUACAUUUCCUGCGAAAACGCUUUCUAAAGGCUGCU